UUUUAUUUUACGAGAAAAUAUCGGUGAUAUUUUUUAAAUAUCGCGCCUCCUAUGACAUGCUAUAAAAAUAGUUCAAUCUGGCAACCCGAAUUUUAUUUUGAUUUUGUUUAUGGUGGCUCAGUAUGCACAGUUUUGGUUUAUCAAAGCAAAAUACUUUUAUUGAUAAGAAAUAACUGUAUAAUAAUUUACUAAUCAAGACUAAACGCAUUGAAAAUGAGUGGAGAAGAAGAGCAGAAACUUAGUUACGAACAAUUAAAGGCGGAAGUUGAAAGAAUGGAAAAACUACUGCCUCCUGGAUUGGGAUUGGACUCUAUUUCUAAAUCCAACGAUGCCCUGCUUACUGAAUAUGCUACAGCUUGGAUGAACAGUGGUGUGAAAACAAUGGACAAAGCCUCACUAAAUGAAGCCUUCUUGACUCGCCAGAGAGAACGGACGGAGAACACUCUGAUUGAGGAAAUGCUCACGAUUGACAUAGAAUCUCUGGAGAGGGAAUUGAAACAAGACAAGGAUGAUGUUGCAAUGCUGGAAAAAUUUUUGGAUGGAUUGGAAAAUAAAACACCUGAGCAGAUCAAGAAGGAACAUCUAUCACUAACCAAGCAAUUAAAUGAUUACAAAGAGAAAAUCAACAUAGGAGCACCAAACAUAAAUUUGAUCGAAUUGAUCCAAAAAUUGGAAUUACUUGAGACACACUCCAGAUCAAAUAAGAAAUAAAUUGUAAGAUGCAGUAUUUAUAGCUGUUCCAGCCCCCAUUGUUAGGAUCGUUCGACAAAGAUAAGGCUUUUUUUUUCAACAAUGAACAUCGCAAAUCAUAAUACAUACUUAUAAGAAGAAAUACACUCUCGCGCCUUUAUUAACUGAUAAGCGGAUGCGAAUAAAUACUUCUCCCGAGGCAAGAAUUGUCCAGUAGAUUAUCAACUUUGCCACUGAAUUGUUGUGUCUGUUGAAGCGUGUAAUUUCGUUAUCAAUUUUCUGCCUGUUCACGCUUCUGUAUAGGAGAUGAUACUUUUGUUUCUUACGACUUUACUGGGACUUUGCGUCUCUCCCAUAUUUGCCGCUGUUAGAGCUACCACGGAAAAUGAAAACCCAAUUAUCGGUAUUUUAUCCCAAGAGAUGUCAUAUUCAUUGGAAAAUCGCUAUCCCGGAAUGUACAAGAGCUUCAUUGCUGCAUCCUACGUUAAAUUUGUGGAAGGGGGAGGAGCACGUGUUGUGCCGAUAUGGAUUGACAAACCCAGAGAAUACUAUGAAGAUAUUAUGAUGAAAAUUAAUGGAGUACUCUUUCCUGGUGGUGCAACAUGGUUUAAUGUGACGAAUGGAUACUCUGAAGCUGCUGAACAUAUUUAUGCCAUUGCAACAGAAAUGAAUGAUCAUGGAGACUACUUUCCAUUGUGGGGCACAUGCUUAGGCUUCGAAUUACUGACUUACUUGUCUGCCAAUGGACGUGAGCAUCGUGCCCAUUGUAGCUCACAAAAACAACCCUUACCGCUGGACUUUAAGCAAAAUUAUCUGACGAGCCGGAUGUUUUCUAAGGCAUCAAAUCGUGUAUUGGAUAUUCUAGCUACUCAACCAGUUACACCAAAUUUCCAUCAAUUUUGCGUAACUGAACAGAACCUUACUGACUACGGCAUUGCUGAUGAAUGGCGUGUUAUGUCGGACAACAAAGACUGGGAUGGAUUUACAUUUAUCUCAACUCUUGAGCACACAAAGUAUCCAUUCUACGGUAUUCAGUUUCAUCCAGAGAAGAAUAUGUACGAAUGGAUUUACAAUAACAACAUCUCACACACUCCUGAAGCCAUCCUGGCAGCUCAAUAUUUUGCUCAGUUUUUCGUGGAUGAAACUCGACGAAGUUCACAUGCAUUUGCCAAUCAUUCUGACGAAAAUAACCACAUGAUCUACAACUUUGAGGCUACUUUCACCGGAAUGCUAGGCUCCAGCUACGAGCAGUGCUAUUUAUUUCACGAAGAUGUAGAUUACGUCACAGUCAAAGACGCUCCAGACAUUUCAGUAAAUCUUGUUAAAAGAAGUAUCAAACCCAGAAUCGGAAAGAUUCAAAAGAAACCUAGAAGGAAUUUCAUUCGCAACAAAGCUCACCGCAGAAACCAAAAGUUUUGAACUUUAUUCCCCGCAGGUCCACCGUUUAUUCUUUUUUUUUAUUAUUAAUUUCAAUUUUCUACUAAUAUCUUUAAAUAAGAUUCUGCAGUAAUUAUCAUUUUUUAUUGACUAAUCCUAUAUGCAAAAUAAAUAUAAAUUUCAACAUGUUAAUAAA